AUGGAAAUGUUUCCAUUUUUGUGGACGUGUAUUUUUCUACCCUUCAUACGAGGACACAGUCUUUUCACCUGUGAACCAAUUACUGUUCCCAGAUGUAUGAAAAUGGCCUACAACAUGACAUUUUUCCCUAAUUUAAUGGGUCAUUAUGACCAGAGUACAGCUGCUGUGAAAAUGGAGCUUUUUCUUCCUCUUGCAAAUUUGGAAUGUUCACCAAAUGUUGAAACUUUCCUUUGCAAAGCUUUUGUACCAACCUGUACAGAACAAAUUCGUGUGGUUCCACCUUGUCGUAAAUCUUGUGAGAAAGUAUAUUCUGAUUGCAAAAAGUUAAUUGACACUUUUGGUAUCCGAUGGCCUGAAGAACUUGAAUGUGACAGAUUGCAAUACUGUGAUGAGACUGUUCCUGUAACUUUUGAUCCACACACACAGUUUCUUGGUCCUCAGAAGAAAACAGAGCAAGUCCAAAGAGACAUUGGAUUUUGGUGUCCCAGGCAUCUUAAGACUUCUGGGGGACAAGGCUAUAAGUUUCUGGGAAUUGACCAGUGUGCACCUCCGUGCCCUAACAUGUAUUUUAAAAGUGAUGAGCUAGAGUUCGCAAAAAGUUUUAUCGGAAUAGUUUCAAUAUUUUGUCUUUGUGCAACCCUGUUCACAUUCCUUACUUUCUUAAUUGAUGUUAAAAGAUUCAGAUACCCAGAGAGACCAAUUAUCUAUUACUCUGUCUGUUACAGCAUUGUCUCUCUGAUGUACUUUAUAGGAUUCUUGCUAGGCAAUCGCACAGCCUGCAAUAAGGCAGAUGAGAAGCUAGAACUCGGUGACACAGUAGUUCUAGGAUCUCAGAAUAAGGCUUGCACUGUUCUCUUUAUGUUUUUGUAUUUUUUCACAAUGGCUGGCACCGUGUGGUGGGUGAUACUUACCAUUACUUGGUUCUUAGCUGCAGGAAGAAAGUGGAGUUGUGAAGCCAUUGAACAAAAAGCUGUGUGGUUUCAUGCUGUUGCGUGGGGAAUACCAGGUUUUCUGACUGUUAUGCUUCUUGCUAUGAACAAAGUUGAAGGAGACAACAUUAGUGGCGUUUGCUUUGUCGGCCUGUAUGACCUGGAUGCUUCUCGCUACUUUGUGCUCUUGCCAUUGUGCUUUUGUGUGUUUGUUGGGCUGUCUCUUCUUUUAGCUGGCAUUAUUUCCUUAAAUCAUGUUCGACAAGUUAUACAACACGAUGGCCGGAACCAAGAGAAACUAAAGAAAUUUAUGAUUCGAAUUGGAGUCUUUAGUGGCCUCUAUCUUGUACCAUUAGUGACACUUCUCGGAUGUUAUGUCUAUGAGCAAGUGAACAGGAUGACCUGGGAGAUAACUUGGGUCUCUGACCACUGUCGUCAGUACCACAUCCCGUGUCCUUAUCAGGCCAGAACAGAAACUCGACCAGAAUUGGCUUUAUUUAUGAUAAAAUAUCUGAUGACAUUAAUUGUUGGCAUCUCUGCGGUCUUCUGGGUCGGAAGCAAAAAGACAUGCACGGAGUGGGCAGGGUUUUUUAGACGAAAUCGCAAGAGAGAUCCAAUCAGUGAAAGUCGAAGAGUACUACAGGAGUCGUGUGAGUUCUUCUUAAAGCACAAUUCUAAAGUUAAACACAAAAAGAAGCACUACAAACCAAGUUCACACAAGCUGAAGGUCAUUUCCAAAUCCAUGGGAACGAGCACAGGUGCCACGGCCAAUCACGGCACUUCCGCAGUAGCGAUCACGGACCACGAUUACUUAGGACAAGAAACUUUGACAGAAAUACAAACCUCCCCGGAAACAUCAGUGAGGGAGGUGAGAGCAGAUGGAGCGAGCACCCCCAGAUCAAGAGAACAGGACUGUGGGGAUCCGGCCUCCCCAGCAGCAUCCAGCUCCAAACUCUGUGGAGAACAGGCUGACGGGAAAGGCCGGGCAGGCAAAGGGAAUGAUAAGAUCAGUGUAUCCGAAAGUAUGCGGAGUGAAGGAAGGGUGACUCCAAAAAGUGAUGUCCCCGAGACCGGCCCGGCGCAGAGCAGCGGCUUGCAGGUCCCAGGUUCUUCGGAGCCAGGCAGCCUGAAAGGCUCCACGUCCCUGCUGGUUCACUCAGCUUCGGGAGGUGGAAAAGAGCAGGCCGCUGGCGGCCACUCCGAUACUUGA